AAAAACAAAGGAUUAUAAAACUGAAAUUCCACAGCUAGCCCAAAGAAAGCAUUACUUCUUCCUAUAACUGAAAUUCCAGAAAUCAUCAGGAAGAAGAAGAAGAAGAAGCAGCCAUGAGCAACCGCACCAACAACGCGCCAACACCUGGGAAUUGGCGGUAUGGACAAAGUUAUGGUUCCCAUGCUCCUAACAGUAAUGACUGGAACCUCACGGUGUUCCCCCGAUCACUUUCCUAUGGAGCAACUCGGAAUGCCAGUGGAGGUGCACAGGAACCAUGGUGGACACAUGAGGAAAGAGUGAUCACAGGACCUCCUUUUGGCUUAGCCAGUUUUCCAGCUCCAUCUCAUUCUCCUAUACGACUUCUAGUCCUCGACAAUGAUUUGCCAAGAGAGAUGAACCCUAGGCUCGGACAGUUCCUCCAGGAGUCCCAUCCAAGGUUCGCGGGACAAAGGACUACGCAAGUCCCUGCACAAGAUGAGGAGUCCAGAUUGACUAAAGAUCAGCAAUACGCGGCCUUGAAAAACAUGAAGACAGAAAUUUACAAUCCCAUGCCAAAAAGCUUAGCAAAGAGACACAGCUUUUAUUACAGAGACCGUGCCAGAAACAGUUUCAAUGACAAGGGAAAAGAGCAAGACGAUGAUGGCAAAGCUUGUGCCGUUUGCUUGGAAGAUUUAGAGUCUCAACAGAUGGUUAUGACCACACCCUGUGGUCAUAUGUUCCAUGAGGACUGCAUUGUGCCAUGGAUAAAGAGCCAUGGUCAGUGCCCAGUUUGUCGGUUUGCACUCUGCGAGCAAGUUAGACAAAGUGCAGCGCCGCGAGUCAACAAUAAUGUGAUGCCACGCAGUGAUUCAAUUUCAGGAGAUCUCAUUUCUAUUAUAAGAGCCAUGGAGGAUGCUUUUGAAUGGAGGAAUAUGACCCGCUGAUGCGGUAGCAAGCAGAGGACGACAGAAUGUGCUUACUACUAGCGGCAGUGUGGUCUUUGAAAUGUCAACCUAUUAUCACACAAUGCUUAAGAACAUAAAUCAACAAAGAAAAUGAACUAAUAACUCAAAACUCAGAUCGAUAAAGCAAAGCUCAUAUAUCUUUUAUUCGAGGUCUUGACCUCUAUUUAUAAGAAAUUCUAAAUGAUUGAGUUCUUCUAA